AUAUAAAACACGGGGGAUUCAUUCGUGUUCUCCAACCCCCGCUCCUACCCAUUCCCAAAUCGAACCGAAUCGAGUCAACCGACCAGCGGCGGAGCAACCGAUGGACGCCGACGCCUGCGAGAUCGCGCGGCUGCCGGAGGAGCUCCUCUCGGCGGCGCUGGCCCGCACCUCCACGCGCGACGCCUGCCGCGCCGCCGCGGUCUCUCCGGCCUUCCGCGCCGCGGCCGACUCCGACGCCGUCUGGGCCUGCUUCCUGCCCCGCGCCCUCCCGCCGCUGGCCGACGGGGAGCUGGCCGACGCGCUGCCGCGCAAGAAGGACCUCUUCCUCCGCCUCUCCGACCGCCCCGUCCUCCUCCCGGACAGGCGCGUGAGCAUGUGGCUGGACAGGGAGAGCGGCGCCAAGUGCUACAUGCUGUCGGCGAGGGACCUCACCAUCAUCUGGGGCGACACGCCGCAGUACUGGACCUGGAUCCCUCUCGCCGACUCUAGGUUCUCUGAAGGCGCCCAACUGCGGGACGUUUGCUGGUUCGAAAUCCGUGGAAAGAUACAAAGCAAGAUGCUGUCGGAAGACACUACUUACGCCGCUUACAUAGUGUUCAAGCUGGAAGAGCGUUCCAUUGGUCUGGAUUAUCCGGCCCAGGAGGCAUCGGUCAGCGUCGGAGGAACCAGCUUGACCCGCAAGGUGUGCUUCCAUGGCUACGAUGACGACGGUGAGGCUGGUGGGGUUCCCGAGAACUAUCGGCCGAUAAUGUUUCCCCCACAGCAAAGGGUCAGGAGAAGGAACGGCCGUCCAGUUCCUCAUGGAGAGAAUGUGGGGCAGCCUCAGAAGAGAGCUGACGGCUGGAUGGAGCUGGAGCUGGGCGAGUUCUUCAACGAGGGCGGCGAAGACGGCGAGGUGUCCUUCAGCCUGAUGGAGAUCAAAGGCGGGCACUGGAAGAGCGGGCUCAUCGUGCAGGGCAUCGAGGUCAGACGCAAGGCAUCGGGCUGAGGAUCGUGCUUCUAGGAUGAUCAAACAGGCAUCCGGGGUUAAGUAAAUAAAUAAGGGAAUCGGAUGCGGUGUGUGUUUUGGAAACGCUUGCCUGUUGCUGCUAAUGCUGUGCAGAACUACAAAUUAAGUUUGUUAUUUCGUUCUUGAUCGCAAACAAAACUCUGUACACAGUUACAAACUAUGCUACCUGGAGCCAGAUGCAGGAACGAUAGAAAUGGAGUGAAAAAAAAAGUUUUUGGGGUGAGAGAGGCUCGAACUCUCGACCUCAGGAUGA